AUGGGACAUCUUAUUGCAUGCGCAUAUGACAUGAUAUGCAUUGACUUGACGCGUUAUGGUUUUUCAGAAACCUUUUUUCCACUCCGCACUGCACCUACUACAAAUCCAAAAGAUCGUAUUAUGUAUGUUGGAUGUCUCGCAAAAUCGAAACAUUUUGUGAAAGUUUACUUGAAAAUGGGAUGCCCCAUACCACCUACGUCACCGGAAUGGGAAUUUCAUCAUACCGAAGCUUCCGAUACGUGGCCGGAUCAUUUUGUGGAUACGAUGCAUGAUUUCGAAAGGUUGAACAACAUCGAAAAGGAAUCAAAUGCCGAAAAGUCAAGAUUAGAACCUCCAAUAAAUUUAGCCGGCGAUAGUUCUUUUGAUGUAUUGAUCUAG